UCAAUUCCCGUCUUCCUAUAUAAACCAAACCCCUUCACAUCACUUCACGCCCUUCUUCUUUCCCUUUGAAAAAUUAAUCCAAAAGUAUUUCCUAAUGGCUCUUCGUUCGUCAGUCACCAGAAGAACCCUAACAUUGGGCCUAAAUUCCACGAUGCUGCUGCCUCUGUCUCGAUCAUUGCAGACUUUCUCCCUCCCCGAUCUUCCUUACGACUAUGGCGCUCUUGAGCCCGCCAUUAGUGGAGAGAUCAUGCAACUCCAUCACCAAAAACACCAUCAAACUUACAUCACUAACUAUAACAAGGCUUUAGAGCAGCUCCAUGAGGCUAUUCAGAAAGGUGAUUCUUCCACCGUCGUUAAGUUGCAAAGCGCCAUCAAGUUCAACGGCGGAGGUCACGUCAACCACUCCAUUUUUUGGAAGAACCUUGCCCCUAUUCGUGAAGGAGGAGGUGAACCUCCAAAAGCUUCCUUGGGUUGGGCUAUUGACACACACUUUGGUUCAUUGGAAUCAUUGAUUCAGAAGAUGAAUGCUGAGGGUGCUGCUUUGCAGGGCUCUGGUUGGGUGUGGCUUGGAGUGAACAAGGAAUUAAAGAAACUCGUUAUAGAAACAACUCCAAAUCAGGAUCCACUCGUGACUAAAGGGCCACAUUUAGUUCCUUUGCUUGGCGUAGAUGUUUGGGAGCAUGCGUACUAUUUACAGUACAAGAAUGUUAGACCAGAUUACCUGAAGAACAUAUGGAAAGUCAUCAAUUGGAAAUAUGCCAGUGAAGUGUACGAGAAAGAAUGUGCUUGAGAUUGGGCCCUUUUCUUAGUGAAUGAAAGUUAAUAAUUUCCCUUGUGACGACCUUGGUUUUGGGUUUUUGCUUGUUCGUUUCAAGCUUCUUUCAUGUGUAGCAAAAAAUGAUACGUAAUUGCGUGAGAUGAAUUUCAAUUUGUUAAAUGCGAUAACGUCAGUCUCUGAAAUAUGGUUUAAUUUUUAUAUGUGGUUGCAUGGUAGCACUUCUUAUGUUUUUGAUUCAAAACAUGGUAACACUUGUAAUCUAUGUGUGAUGAAGUAGAAAUUUGUAAUAUGUUUAAUACGAAGGUUGUAUUAAAAAGAAA